GAGGGCCAGUGAGAAGACAGCUGAGGAGCAGAGAGUGGAGCUCAGAUACACUAAGACACAAAUGGAGGCCAGAUUGACUGCUAGUGAAAGUAAAGCAGAGAUCAUGGAGACCAGACUGAGAGCCAGUGAGAAGACAGUCGAGGAGCAGAGAGCUGUUAUUCAGGAGCUGAAGGAGAAACAGGAGGAGCAGGCAGCAGCUGUGAGAGCUGUAGGAGGCAGUGUGAACAUCACGGGGAGUCAGGUGGAGGAGCUGAGGAGGGAGAGAGAGGAGAGGAGGGUGUCUUUCUCUGCCUCACUGCUGGCAUCUGGUGGUGGAAAUACAGGACCCUUUUCAGUUGCAACUCCCCUGGUCUACAGACACAUCUUCACUAACGUUGGCAACGCCUAUAACCCAAACACAGGCGUCUUUACAGCUCCAGUCAGAGGGGUCUACCACUUUGUCAUCUUUGUCGACGGUGUUGGUCAUGCAUCUACAUGGACUGGCGUCUCUCUUCAUAAAAACGGGGAGCAUGUUGUCAUUACACACACUCAGCAGCCACACUACAGAGUGACCUCCUCUAAUGCGGCCUCUCUGCUGCUGGAGGUGGGAGAUGUGGUCUAUGUGAAGCUGUGGCCCGGGUCGUGGGUAAUGGACAAUCAGAACCACCACACCACCUUCUCUGGCCACCUGCUCUUCCCCAUGUGA